AUGGUCCUUUUAAUUGCUGAUGAACAUCAAAGCAAUCUUAUCGGAGAGUGGGAGAGACUAAGAAGAAAGCUUGAAGAACUAAAUGUAGCAGCUCAGUCUCAGCUUUCUCCUAUCCAAGAUCACAUCAAUUUCACCCUCCAGCAAGCUUAUUUCAAGUGUGCGUAUGAGUGCUUUGACAGAAGAAGAAAUCAAGAGGAGAUAAGUAACUGCGUCGAGCACUGCAGCGUCCCAGUUGUUAAAUCUCAGCAGCAUUUUGAGAAUGAAAUGGCUCACUUUCAGGAAAGAUUGAACAGAUCAUUGGUGGUGUGUCAAGACAAAUUUGAGGCUGUGAAGCUCCAGAAGAUAAGGCCUGAAGCGGUUAAUGAGAUGGAGGGUUGCGUGCACAAAGCUAAGUUCAUAAAGCGUUUCAGUGGCUUUAUUCACCAUCAUACGCACCAGGAACAUAUUGCAGGAAAUCAUGUAAGUUCUUCUGUCUCAUUUGUCUCUUAA